UCUAGUGGGAGAGAUGUAUAUUAUUAUAGCAACGAGCGCGUGCCUUAACAACAGGCGCCGUACCAUUUUCUCAUCCCGAAACAAUAAAUCGUUUUAAUACUAGUAACCUGCUUAUAAUUUCCUGUUUCUGCUACCUGAUUCAAUUAUAAAUACAAGUUUUAAUAAACAUUAAAAAAACGCAUUCUACUGGAAAGCAUUGCGCCCUCGUAAUCCGGGUAUUAAGUGUUCCGUCGCCACGCGAGGGCAAAGGACCAAUGAGAGCGCAGGAUAUGUGGUGGUUCGUGCGUGUGUUGGGAAGCUGCGCUGCUCGUACGCGGCGCUGUCAGGUACAAUAGGGACCCGAGCCGUGAUCCGCUAUUCGUACCGCAGGGCGCUGUUGAAAACGCCGACAUGAAUAUGUAUAUGGUGCCAAACCCCCCCAUUCCAGGCUGCCCCCCAGGUCUGGAAUAUUUGACACAGGUUGACCAGCUUCUUAUAAAACAGAAAGUUGAACUUAUAGAAGCUCUUGCAGGUUUCGAGAGUAACAACAAGUACGAAAUCCGCAACUCGAUGGGUCAGAACGUGUUCUACGCCGUGGAGGAGAACGACUGUCUGAGCCGGCAGUGCUGCGGGCCCCUGCGCUCCUUCACCAUCCGCGUGCUCGACAACUUCGGCCGGGAGGUCAUCACCGUGACCCGGCCGCUCAAGUGCAUGUCCUGCUUCUUUCCUUGCUGUCUGCAGGAGAUGGAAGUGCAGUCUCCCCCAGGCAACACGGUGGGGUACGUCCUCCAGCAGUGGCACCCCUUCUUCCCCCGGUUCAUCAUCGAGAAUGAGAACCGGGAGCCCGUGCUGAAGCUCCACGGACCCUUCUGCGGGUGGAGCUGCCUGCCCGACGUGGACUUCGAGAUUAUAACCAUGGAUGAAGUCAGCAAAAUUGGGAAGAUUAGUAAGCAGUGGACGGGGCUCCUGCGCGAGGUGUUCACCGACACGGACAACUUCGGUAUCCAGUUUCCCAUGGACCUGGACGUGAAGAUGAAGGCUGUGAUGAUCGGCGCUUGCUUCCUCAUCGAUUUCAUGUUCUUCGAAAACAACCAGUAGGAGCUGGGCGGAGGUGCAAGGAAAGAGUGACAACGAGACGUUUGUCGACGGUCGGGAUCCGGUCAAGAUGCAUCCACCCUGUUUGUGACUUUUUCGGUUCGGAAACCAGGACUUCUGUUUGCACUGCGUGUGGAAAACAAGGGAACGUGAGCCCCUUUUGUAGCUGGGGUCGGAGAUGGGCACCGAGCGGCAGCCACCACUGCCUCCUCCACUCCAGAUGUUCACCGUGUGAGAUUUGGGAAGAACUUCCAUCAUUGGCUGAUGUUCAUGUAGCAGAGGAACCAGUUCUGCUGCACCGCCAAUGGCAGGAAGACCACUGUGGUGUCAGAGGGGCUCAAAUAGUUCCGGAUUAACCAUAUUUACUUUAAACUAAUCGGUCGAUUUGGUCCGAAGUAAGAAACGGUAAAAAUCGGGAGUUAAAAAAAAAAAAAUCACUAAAAUCGGUAAUUUAGCUACUUACUAGACAAUCAGCUAUGAACAGAGCGAAGACCUACACCACUUUGGCCUGUUCAAGCAGCAUUUGCCAACUCCGAGUGACCAAUUUCUAAUCAUACGCCAUCCAUAUGUUGAACACUAAAGUUAGCAUGAAUCACUAUUAAUUUAUCCGUUUUUGUUUCUGGAUUUUGAUAGUUACUUACUAAAAUACAUUUUCCGAUAGAUAAACAUUUUAAGGUGUAGAUACUGGCAUUUUUAUGAAACGUCUUAUCAUAUUAUGAACCGUCCAUGUAAUAUUUAUUUGUUUAAUAAUUAAUGAAUUUAUUUAUUUACUUUUUCGUGUAUUUUUUCCCCAUUUGGUUAUCCACAGGGGGGCAGUAUUUGUCAAUAUUCCAAACCUCUAAAAUCACUGCCACUACUGUACCGCUGUAAAAGUACUUAAGGAGUAACUUUACAGUUUGGUGCAUCAGUUUAAUAUAUAAGUGGCUCUUGCAAAGAGAGAUAUCUAUCCUAUACAUUAAAAAAGCAGAUGAUUUUUCUUAUUUGCUUUUUUGAAGCUGCAAUAUAAAUGACUGGUUCUGAACUGCUUUUCAGUUCCAGUUUGCAUUCACAGCAGAGUGUACAAACCUGGGUAGCACUUUUCGUUAUUAAUAUUUAAUAUUAAAACUGCUUUUGAAAACUCACUCCAAAAUACCUGCAUUUAAAUCUUACUGUGAUUUUUCAAACUACCAUUCUUGUAGGCAGUUAAAAGAGGAAAGAAGGGAAACCUUAGUGUUUACCUUUUGUCUCGAGUACACUUUAGUGCCAUUAAUAAACUUUUUCACUAAACAUCAUAAUAAGCUGCCACGGUUUAAAAUGUAGUAAUACUGUAUGUACACUGGAAUAAGAUGCACUAUAUUACAAUUCACUACCAUUUUAAUUUAUUUUAAUAAGCCUGAAUUUGUUGGUAAUGCUGAUCUUGUUGGUUUGUGUGUUUACAACAAUAGUCAAUAUUUGAUUGUUCGUGAACAAUUGUGAACUGACCUCAAUCCCUGGAAUGCAAUCAGGAAUAUUUGUAAAAUUGCUACUUGCUUGGAUUUUUUUUUUUGUCGCCAUAUUGCUAUGUGAAGAGCGUUGCUCCUGUAUGAAUAUGUUGAAUAAGUGCAGCGCGGCUCAAGAUAUAGGCUGACAGAUAUGGCCAGUGAUGAAAUUUGCAAUCUGUUGACCUUCCGAAAGCCCUGUUCUUUUCCCUUUACUCCAUCAGAAUAACCGACUUCUGUAUGUAAGCAAACUUCCUUUUGUGUUUAAAUGGGAAAGUGCAGCUGUUGCACAGUCUGCCGUUUUAAAAGCGACAGUAUUAUAAACACAAGUAAAAUCAUUUCGGUAAAAUAAAGUAUAAAACGAUGUAAUAAAUUUUAAGAGUUGCACAAAGAAAAGUUCCACAAAUACUGGCUGCCUCUGCAAAGAGAAAGUGCAGAGUAUUUGUGGAAAAGAGACGUGUUGCAAAUGUUGACUACUGUGAGUGUAACCUUCAAGAGUUUGACCACUCUUAUUUACAGCUUUCUGUCAACUAAUUUAAUUUCUGUGAGGUGCUGGAGAAAAGCAUCGAACAAACGUACCAAUGUAAUCCAGCCCAGUGCUACAUGUGCUUUAUGAUAAAAUAAAAGCAGCCAAAAGAAUG